AUGCACGACUCAAGUGCAAUCAACCCUUCCGACAAACCUUCCAGCCCUACCUCUCCACCUCCACUCGAUGAAGAGUCCAUUGCCCCAUUAAACUCGGCGGAAACACAUAUGCUAUCAAAGCUUGGAUCCAUGCCGAUUAGUGAAGAAAGUUGGAAGGAAGCUUUGGCCACCCAUCAGCAGAAAUUUCUCUUGCUCAAUACUCAAGACAAUCAUACACUUCCCAGGACGGCUCCGGCGACAGAACCUCAAGACAGUUAUAAUUCAGUGGUGUUCCAAGACUUGGCAUCCCUCGGUCCCCUGUACUCCGCUAAACCUCUCAAGCCCAAGCCAGCGUUCCUCCGGCUCCUUCCUCAUCCCGACAGCACAUCAACCCGGAAGAAUCCUACUUUGCCUCCUUUGAGUAUCAAUCAAGCCGCAAGUUUGGGGUCUGUUGACCGCGAACAUCAUCCCCAGUCUGACAGUACAAUCGGCUUCAAUAUGUCUUGUGCACCUUUCAAUCCCCUGAUUCCAUCGCUAGAUUCCGAUGGAGUUCUUGACGGUGGAGGACUCGAUGGGAUCUACGUACCAACCUUGUCGUCCCCUCUGUUGAUAGAUUUAGGGAACGAGUUGAUUUCCUUGUAUUCCCCAGUAAUCUCACGUGGGAUGAGAUUACCCCCGCCACUACCUCCUGAAAAAACAGACUCAUUCGACUUUGCGCCUGGUUCAACCAUGUAA